UUGUUCAGGAGCCACAGCCGACAGGCUUCUCAAGGCGUGCCCUACCGUAGUGUCGAGAAACCACGUCGAAUCCGUGAUGAAAAGCAGAAUGAAAUCAUAGAGAUGGAGAUGAGUGUACUUGUAAAGGAAUCGCAAUGUGGUAUCGGAAGAUGGAGGCCAACUUGGCUGUCGUUUUUGGGUUCUCGGAAAUGGAUGAUCAUAUUGCUUUGCUGGUAUUGUGCAGUACAAGGUAUUGUAGUGAACGGUCUUGUACCAUCUGCUAUUUCAUCGAUAGAACGUCGCUUCAAACUGAGUACUAGUACCAUGGGUCGUAUUGUGCAGUUCUAUGAUUUUGGAUAUGUUUUAUUCUGUAUACCGGUGUCUUAUUUUGGUGGGCGGCAUAGUAAACCGUCCGUACUUGGUGCUGGACUUGCUCUUAUUGCCUUUGGUAGCAUAUUAUUUUCAACGCCUCAUAUGUUAGCCGAUAGUUAUUCUGCAACUCAAGACAAUAAGUCAUUCGGUUCCUGUUCCACGAAAGCACUAUGGAAUUUCUCAGACGCAAAUCCUGGGACUUUUCGGUUCGUGUUCCUCUUCUGUGUGGCGCACUUCCUACAUGGCAUCGGCGCUACUCCUCUGUUUACAAUUGGUGUUUCUUACAUCGAUGAAAAUGUGGGCAAGGCUCUUUCGUCAUUGUUUGUUGGUAUUUUCUAUUCGUUUGCUGUCUUCGGUCCAGCCGCGGGAUUUCUCACUGCAAGCACAUUUUUGAAAUACCAUACUGAUUUUUGGCAUCUUCCAGCUGAGCAAAUAUUGCGAGUUAGUGGAGACGAAACGGAUCCUUCAUGGGUGGGAGCUUGGUGGAUAGGUUUCGUUAUUGCUUCUUUGGUCGCGAUGACUGCAGUAGUUCCAAUUGUAUGUCUGCCGAAAGUCUUACCAGAGUCUCUGAAGUGGCAUAGGAAUCGCUUAGUCGAAGCAAUACAAGCUGGACGAAGACGUACUCCUGAAUGCUGUGGUCUUCCUGGUACAAACAAAACAGGAGCACUGUAUCAAGAUGCUCCGUUGCAAGGUAAGAGUUUCAAUUUACCGUAUUCUCACCAAUGCCCCAUUCAUGCUCAUAACCCUUGCAAUGUUUUAACCUUAUUCUUUUUUUCUCACUUUUCUGUUAUGAACAUGGAUUUAUCAGGUCUCGUGAUAACCGGUGCUUCAUCUUUUAUGUCAAAAUACUUGGAGCGGCAGUUCAAUGUUCCACCAAGCAGGUCAAGCUUAUUGAUAGGGUGCAUUAUGGUACCGAUGGCUGGAGUUGGUUGUAUGAUAUCUGGUUUCAUAGUGCAGUACUUCCGAUUGAAUUGUGUUACAACACUAAAACUCUCUGUGGGAUUGUUGUUCUUAUCACUAUUACUAACUCCAAUGUAUCUUAUUUACUGUCCGCAUGAUCCUCUUGUUGGUGUUGAAACGACGUACCCAGAUCGUGAUGGUCAAAUAUCCGUCGGGAACUACUCGGAUAUUGAACCAUCAUUACGUAGCACAUGCAACUCUCAUUGCUUAUGUAGUGAAGCUGAGUUCCGUCCAGUUUGUGCUGAAUUUCUGGAUGGGCGGCAACUUUCAUACUACUCACCUUGCUUUGCUGGGUGUUCAGAACCCUAUACCCCAAUGCAGAAGGUGUAUUCUAAUUGCUCGUGUGUGGUCGAAACUUCUCGUCUUCAUGUGCGACAAGUGAAAAAAGGGUUGUGUGAGUCCAAAUGCAAAGGUCUUCUAGGUUUUCUCAUUAUUUUCGCUCCUUUGUCACUCUGCACAUUUGCCGUAGGAGUUCCUAUUAUAUCGGUUAUUUUAAGGACGGUGGACUAUAAUGAUCGAUCAUUUGCGUUGGGUAUUCAAGGAAUUCUCGUUCGUGUCAUAGGAACCAUCCCUGCACCAGUACUAUUCGGAUGGAUGUUUGAUGUGAGCUGCAUUCGUUACCAGUCAGAACUAUGUGGAGAUUCCGAGAGUGGUAGUUGUCUACUUUACUCCAACAAAUUACUAGCCGAUCUAUUUCUUACGUUCUCAAUUAUUGGACAGGCGCUUGCGAUGGGAAUUCUCACUACCGUGUUGAUGGUCUAUGGAGGUACCUUACAAGAUGAUCCUUUACUGGAUGUGCCAUUAGAAGAAGUCCGUCACGAUGAGGAUGUCGAUUUGUCGCCACACGAAACCGCAUUGCCUCUUCUUCAAUAG